GGAGCCGGGUUUGGACCAGGUGGAGUGGGAUCUCAAAGUGGAGGAGCAGGGACAGCAGCUGGAGGAUAUGAUGCCAAUGCCAAAGCACGCAAAUAUGGUAUGUUAAGUGGAGCUCUUGGAGGAGGACAAGCGGCAGGAACAGGUGGAGCUGGACCUGGUGGUGCUGGGUAUGGACCAGCUGGGGGUGGCACCGGUGGUGGGACCAGACCUGGAGCCGGGGUUGGACCUGGUGGAACCGGAACAGGAUAUGGACCCGGGGGAGGAACAGGAACUGGUUCUGCUGGCACUGGAACUGGCCUUGGACCAGGAAGUGGAGGGGCAGGCUAUGGACCUGGUCGAGGGGCUGGAGUUGGACCAGGUGGGGCCGGAUCAGUUCCUGGUGGGGCUGGGUAUGGACCAGGUGGGGCCGGAUCAGUUCCUGGUGGGGCUGGGUAUGGACCAGGUGGGGCUGGGUAUGGACCAGGUGGGGCUGGGUAUGGACCAGGUGGGGCCGGAUCAGUUCCUGGUGGGGCUGGGUAUGGACCAGGUGGGGCUGGGUAUGGACCAGGUGGGGCUGGGUAUGGACCAGGUGGGGCCGGAUCAGUUCCUGGUGGGGCUGGGUAUGGACCAGGUGGGGCUGGGUAUGGACCAGGUGGGGCUGGGUAUGGACCAGGUGGGGCCGGAUCAGUUCCUGGUGGGGCUGGGUAUGGACCAGGUGGGGCUGGGUAUGGACCAGGUGGGGCCGGAUCAGUUCCGGGUGGGGCUGGCUAUGGACCAGGUGGAGCUAGUACUGGAUAUGGACCUGGGGCCGGCUAUGGACCUGGGGCCGGCUAUGGACCUGGGGCCGGCUAUGGACCUGGGGCCGGCUAUGGACCUGGGGCCGGCUAUGGAACCCAGGCUGGAGUGGGACCUGGUUAUGGCCCUGGCAGUGGAGUUGCACAAGGAUACCGCCCAGGGUCUGGUUAUGGUGGUGUGGUAGGAGGAGCAGUAAGACCAGGGUCUGGACUUGGACCUGGUUUUGGACCUGGAUCAAAAGCUUCCAAAUAUGGCCAGGGUGUAGCCGGCACCGGAGGCGUGCUUGGGGGCGGUGCUGGUCGCCGCGGCUAUGGUCAAGGUGUCGGAUCUAAAGGUGCUAAAUA